AAAAAAAUUGUGGCAUUAUAUACGUAACGACAGUCGGGAAUUAUAAAUCAGAUUAACGCGUGUGAAUCUAGCCUCUUUCUCGCGUGAUAGUUCCGUUGUAAGGAACAGCUAUGAAGCUGAAUAUCUCGUAUCCAGCCACUGGCUGCCAAAAGUUAAUCGAAAUCGAUGCCGAAAAGAAAUUGCGACCAUUUUAUGAUAAGCGUAUUUCUGCGGAAAUCAGUGCUGAAAGUCUCGGUGACGAAUGGAAGGGCUAUGUUUUCCGAAUUACGGGUGGAAAUGACAAACAAGGCUUUCCCAUGAAACAAGGUAUCCUGACAGCUGGACGUGUCCGCCUUUUACUCUCUAAGGGACAUUCUUGUUACCGUCCCCGACGAGAAGGUGAGACGAAGAAGUCUGUGCGUGGCUGUAUUGUUGAUGCCAAUUUGAGUGUUUUGAGCUUAAUUAUUAUCAAGAAAGGUGAGCAGGAAAUUCCUGGUCUUACUGAUAUUACCAUCCCACGUCGUCUUGGUCCCAAGAGAGCUGGUAAAAUUAGGAAAUUGUUCAAUCUUUCUAAAGAAGAUGAUGUACGAAGAUAUGUUGUACGUAGACCAAUCCCUCUCAAGGAAGGCAGCAAACGUAAGAGUGCACUCUCUAAAGCUCCGAAGAUUCAACGAUUGGUGACACCAUUGGUGUUACAAAGAAGGAGACAUCUUCGUAGUAUGAAGGCAUUGAGAUUUGCAAGAAAGCGUGAAGAAGCUGCAGAUUAUGCUAAGCUUCUGGCUUUGAGAAUGAAAGAACAUAAAGAGAGGCGCCGUGAACGUAAACAAUCAUCAAUUUCUAAGAGUAGGAGUGAAUCACUUGCUAAGGAUGCUGCUAAAGUGGCUGCUACUGUUGCUAGUAUUCAGAAAAAGCAACAGCCACAGUCUAAGAAAAGGCCGAGCCCAGGAGAUGCCAGUAAAAGUGGUGGUCAGAAAUCAGUCCUUCAUACUCCUGCUAAGAUGGCCAAGGUUGCCAAGCCAGCUCAAGCAGCAAAGGGUGCCAAGGUUGCAAAACAAGGCAAACCAGCUGCAGGAGCAGGAAAGGCAGCUAAAGGUGCUAAGGGAGCGGCCAAGGGUGCAGCUAAGCCUGUUAAACCAGCUGUCAAAGCAGCAGCUAAGCUUACUAAAGCUGCUAAAGGUAUGACAAAACCAGCUCAGCCAACUAAGAGACCUAAACCUACACAGGAAGUUGCAGCAGUAGCAGCCAAAAAAGCUAAGUCUGGUAAAGAAGCUCCAAAGGUUUCUGCCAAGGGAGCAGCCAAACCCUCUAAGGGUCAGCCAGCUAAAGCAACCAAACCACCAAAGGUUGUUGGCAAAGGAGUUCAGCCAGGUAAGGCAGCUGGAAAGGGUGCAAAGCAGGCACAGCCUGUUAAAGCUGAAAAGGUUAUUAAGGCAAAAUCUGCUAAGCCAACUCAGGCUGCCAAAGCACCAAAGGGUGCUCAACCUGCAAAGGGUCAGCAAGCUAAGGUAGCAAAGGGUGCACCAGCUAAGGCUGCAAAAGGAGCACAGCCUGCAAAGGGGGCUCAACCAGCUAAGGCUGCAAAGCCAUCUCAGCCUACUAAAGCGCAGCCGGGUAAGGGUGCAAAAGUGACCCAACCGGGAAAAGCUGCAAAGGUUUCCCAACCCGGUAAAGCUGCAAAAGUAUCUCAGCCUGGUAAACCAGCAAAGGGUUCCGGUGCACAGCCAGCUAAACAGGCUCAACCUGCCAAACAGCAGCAAGCUAAACCAGCUAAACAGGCACAAUCAGGCAAAGGUGCUGCUCCGGCGCAGUCUAAGUCUGCCAAAGGGGCGGCACAAGCACAGCCUGUUAAAGCUACUAAACAGCCACAGCAAACUGCUAAACCAGCAGCAAAACAAUCCCAGCCUAAGCAAGGUCAAACACCAAAGCAGGGUCAAGCACCAAAGGGUCAGCCUGCUAAACAGGGUCAAACUACAAAGGCUCAAACUCCUAAGUCAGACAAGGCACCAAAACAGGCUCAGGCUCCUAAAUCAGAUAAAGCACAAAAACAGGCCCAGACUCCGAAAACUGAUAAGGCACCCAAACAAGCCCAGACUCCAAAAUCAGAUAAAGCUCCAAAACAGGCUCAGGCACCUAAGUCAGAUAAGCCUCAAAAACAAGCUCAGACUCCAAAGUCGGAUAAGGCACCUAAACAGGCUCAAACUCCAAAGCAGGGUCAAGCUCAAAAACAAACUCAACCCCAGAAACAAGCCCAGCCAGCUGCCAAGACACCGAAACCAGCACAAGCUGCAAAGCAGACGCAACCUCAGCCAGCUGCAAAGUCGCCCAAACCAGCGCAGGCUACAAAACAGGCACAACCUGCUAAACAGGCCCAGCCAGCUGCAAAGUCGCCCAAACCGGCUGCAAAGCAGGCUCAAUCCCCUAAACCUGCUCAGUCUACACCUAAAUCUGCAUCUGGCACUCAGAAACCUGCUGCUAAGAAACAGAAGUAAUUUACUACUGUGGUGUUAUAUGUCAAAAUAAAUUCUACUCUUUUAAGGUUG